AUGGCGACUUUUCUCUCCGUCGUCUCGGUCAGUAACGGGGAUAUGAGCUACUCUAUUGCAGAGGAGACGAAGCUCGGAUUUGUGGUUGGAAACAUUGCAAAAGACAUUGGAAUCUCGAAAAAAGCAAUGCAGACACGUAGAGCUCGCCUGAAUACCGUGGGCAGCCGUAAACGAUACUGUGACAUUAACUCGGAGACUGGGGACCUGUUCGUCGCAGAGAGGAUAGACAGGGAACAGCUCUGUGGGCCGAGAGCGUCUUGCAAUUUAAAUUUUGAAAUGGUCCUGGAAAAUCCUUUGGAAUUACAUCGCAUUUCUGUUCACAUAGUGGACAUCAAUGAUAAUUCGCCCAUGUUUGCUACAGAUAUAAUUAAAUUUGAGAUAAGCGAGUCGACUGACAAAGGUGCUCGUUUUGCUGUCGGUGAGGCUCACGAUGCAGAUAUCGGAACAAAUAAUGUUCAAAAUUAUUCAUUAGAGAAGAACGACUAUUUUGUUUUCGAUGUGCAUAGUAAUAACGGUAAAGAGAGAUACGGUGAGUUAGUACUGGAAAAAAAGCUGGAUCGUGAGCAGCAGCGGGAAAUUAAAUUAACACUCACCGCUAGUGAUGGUGGGAUUCCACAGAGGUCUGGUACUGUAGUUAUACACGUCGUUGUGCUUGAUGCUAAUGAUAAUACUCCAGUUUUUAGUCAGUCUGCCUAUAGAGUCAGUUUGCCUGAAAACAGCCCUAUCGGAACAGAAGUGGUUAAAGUAAAUGCCACUGAUGGAGACGAAGGAGCAAACGGCCAGGUUACCUAUGACUUUGUCCGAAUUUCUGAGGAUUUGAGUAAAUUGUUCAUUCUAGAUCACAAAACCGGAAGUAUACAAUUGAGCGGUCAUCUGGAUUUCGAAGAGGAAGUGUCGUACGAUUUAAGGAUUCAAGCAAAAGACGCGUUUGGGCUUGCUUCGUUUUCUAGUGUUAUUGUGGACGUCGUUGAUGUUAAUGACAAUGCACCUCAAAUAUCCUUUCAGUCAGGAACCCACUACAUUGCUGAAAAUGCUCCACCUGGUUCAGAGGUGGGUAUAAUAAAUUUGCAAGACAAAGACUCGGGUGCAAACGGCCGGGUGCAUUGUUCCAUUCAGUCCAACGUUCCUUUCAAACUGAAUCCAUCAAUUAAAAAUUAUUAUUCUCUUGUAACUACAGCUGAGCUUGACCGUGAACGAAUACCAGAGUAUAAUUUAACCAUCACUGCUACUGAUGAAGGAAUGCCACCGCUCUCUUCGUUUCAGACAAUUCAUUUAUUGCUGUCAGAUGUUAAUGAUAACCCACCUACAUUUGAAAAGCAAUCAUACACCGCGUACGUGACAGAGAACAAUAAACCAGGAACCUCCAUGUGUUCUGUUGGGGCGACAGAUCCUGACUGGGGACAGAACGGCACAGUGUUUUAUUCUCUGGUGCCUCAAGAGGUACAUGGUCUACAAGUGUCUUCUUUUUUAAGCAUUAACGGAGAUACAGGUGUUGUACAUGCUGUGAGGUCGUUUGAUUAUGAGAAAUUUAGAAGCAUUACUUUUCAAAUUUUGGCCAGAGACAAUGGUUCUCCUCCACGCAGCAGUAACGUCACUGUAAGUGUUUUCAUAACGGAUGAAAAUGACAACUCUCCUCAGAUAUUGUACCCAUCUGAAGAGGGAACCUCUUUCAUGACUGAGGUGGUCCCUAAAGGCACGCUCUCUGGCUCUCUAGUCUCCAAGGUGAUCGCUGUGGAUGCUGACUCUGGACAGAACGCUUGGUUGUCUUAUCAGGUUGUUAAAUCUACUGAUCCGGGACUUUUCGCUAUUAGUCUUCAUAGUGGGGAGAUAAGAGCGAUGCGAGACAUUUCUGAAUCUGACAGCACUAAACAGAACCUUAUCGUCUCAGUGAAGGACAAUGGAAAUCCACCUUUAUCUGCAACCUGCUCAGUAUUUCUACUUAUUUCUGACAACCUUGCUGACGUUCCUGAACUAAAAGACAUGCCUUAUGAGCAGAGUAACCAAAAAUUAACAUCAUAUUUGAUCAUUGCACUGGUAUCUGUUUGCGUAUUUUUCCUGUCUUUCAUCAUUUUAAUCCUGGCCAUGAAGUAUUGCUGCAGAGGAAAGCCCAGACCGUUUUUCGAUGGCGCUGUCGCUGUUCCUAGCGGAUAUUUUCCUCCCAAUUAUGCUGAAGUAGAUGGAAUUGGAACUCUACGCAGUUGUUACAAUUAUGACGCUUACUUGACGACGGGCUCACGCACUAGUGAUUUCAAAUUCGUCAGAUCUUACAAUGAGAACACCAUGCUCGCAGAUCAAACUUUAAGGAAUAGUACGAAUGAUGCUAUUGGUGGAAACGAGGUGUCCUUGGCUGUUGCUGAAGACUCUGUCGAGGUAUGUGUAAUGUCCUAA